AUGUCAUCGAAACCCGAUUCACAACCAGACACUAAACCAGGAACGGAAUCAGAAAAACCGGCCAAACGGGGGAUCGUUGUAUGUGGUAUUCGAGGUCCGGGACCUAAAUAUUUACUUAGGACACUUGUGGGUUAUGACGAGCAUUGCCUUUCAAAAUAUCGAAAUCCAGCAUACACAUUUGGAAUAAGAACUCCUGCAAGACAAAUAUGUCAAGCGCCAGGACCAAAAUAUUUGAUAGCACAACCCAAACGUGGAGGUUUUAGUUUCGGAUUUCCUGGAAGAACUUUUGCCGUAUUAUAUUUGGAUUUUUUCUUGCUAGAUACUGGCUGUGGCCCUGGACCAAAAUAUAUUUUACCAUCUCCCAAAUCACCAGCCUUCACACUAAAAUCUAGAACUGAACAUCGUAAGAUAAGUCCCACGCCCGGACCUUAUAAUGUAAACCUUCCUAUUCCAGGACCAGCGUUCUAUAUUGCAUCACGGUUACCUGGACGGAAAUGUGACUGUACACCAGCCCCUCGCCCUUACAGUAUUGAUUUUGCAAGACAAAAAGCACCAGUGUAUAGUUUAGGUUUAAAAUUAGAUGCAAAAGAAAUUUGCCGCUCUCCAGGUCCUAAAUAUCACCUUAAACGUCCUCCACAGAUGCCUCAGUAUUCCUUUGGUGUUAGACAUAGCGAAUGUGCUCCUCCUUAUAUUCUAGAAUGUGAUGAUGCAUGUUGA